ACAUAAAACUGGACUCUAGCUGACAAACUUUUUACAGUGUUGGGUUGAUCCUUGUUGUGUUCUUGUCAUCCAUUUGGAGACUCUUUCAAAUCACAUUUUAUUUGUUCAAAUGAUUGAUGCUAGUCAGGAGUUCAUAAAGAAAACCCAAGGUGAAGUUGAUGAACAAAUCUGUGCUAAUGUGAAUGUGUAAAUUAUUUUCAAGAAAUGAACUGCAUCUCGAAUUUGGAUUAAUUACAAGGAUUAUCAUCACCACCAUGUCUACAUGUUUUGCGAUUUAGUCGGCAUGAAAGGAACACUUCAACAAGAUCAGCAACACAUCAAACUAUUUAUAAAAAUUUGGAUUAGCAACAUCAUGGAACAUGCUAUAAAUUAAAGAUACCAUACUAAUCGCUGUGACCACUUGCAGAACUGUUGAUGAACUUUCCAAACAGAAAGAAGAAUUGUGUGACUUAAAAAGUGUGAACUGAUUUUCGGUGUGAGUGUGGCGGCAUCUGCACGUGUGUUGAGAUGAAGAAGUUCUUUAAGAAGCGACGCUCUAUGAACUUAAUGAGAUAUUCUUCCACUUAUUCUCUAGGUUCAAGCAAGCUGAACCUUGCCGAAGAUGUCCCCAUUUCAAACAGUGUGCCCUCUUUUGACGGUGCGGAACAGGAACACAACUCCGAUCCUCGAAUCGCCUGUGUACAGAGAGGAAAGAAGGGAUUUGGUUUUGUGCUCCGUGGAGCAAAGAGUCCUCAGGGUGGGGCAGUUUCAUUUACACCAACCAAAGAUUUCCCCGCCCUCCAAUACCUCGAGCACGUUGACAAGGGAAGCCCUGCAGACAAGGCGGGGCUGAAGAUGGGUGACUUCAUCCUAGAGAUCAAUGGUGAAGAUGUGACUUCAGCACCUCAUCAGUAUGUGGUCAACCUCGUGGUCAGUUCACCGGACACCAUUGUCAUCAAGGUCAUCACAGUGCCUAACUCGAAGGCUUAUUCAUGGUUGAAGGAGGGUGGCGGUACACUCAAACGACCUGGAAACAGUCCCAAUCUUCCAAUCAGCACACCAGCUACUAAAUCAAUAGCCAUUUCCAGUCAAGACCAGAAUUCCAACGGCCCAAGCAUUCCUGUUAGCACUCCAACCACAAGGUCUAUUUCCAUUUCAAGUCAAGAACAACAUGCUGUUGAUGAACUUGACAAGGCGAUAGACAGCGCAAACACAACUCCAAAAUAUGUUUCACCGGCAUCUUCACGUAAUUCCAGUAUACAAGAAGAUGAGCCCAAGAUUGCAUCGAUACGGAAGCGCCCCGUCAGACUAGUGAGUCAGCAGCACCUUGAAGGCAUCUUCCAUCGACAAGGAAGCUCGUCAAGCGAGACCAAUCUUAAUUCACUGCCAGACGAUGCCUUCGUUCAAAAGCCAACAGUGCCUGUUCCACCCUCGUCCUCCAAAUUCAACACAGUAGCCAGAAUGUCGAACUCUAAGACCCCUCGUCAGCGUAGCCUUGAUGAGGUCCAUAAUUCUGCAAAUCGCAGGAAUUCCGGUGGGUCAGAUUCAGCAGUGUCAUCGUUACGGUCCUCGCCCGCAUCCUCAAAUUCAUACAUGACAGCUUCGACCAUUAGUGUCACGGACAGUGCUGUGCAUUUGAAAACGGAGCGUACCGCUUCCGACCCCUCUUUAGUUAUGGACUUGAAAAAUGUAAGCCCGAAGUCAAUGCAAGGGACGACUAAGAAGCCAAGUCCUUUGCCUCCGACAAGGUCCCAAUCUCUUAUGAAUAUUUCUAUCGCAAACUCUGCAAGUAGUUCACCAACAUUGUCACGUGCCGGAGACGAUACUCUUCCGAGACGAUCUACUGGUGUAUCACCUAACUCCUCUACAAUAGCUGUUGAGAUUGAGGUUCACCGGUCUGCAAGCGGGAAUGACUCUAGUGAUGAUUCAUCAAGCACGAGUUCCUUUGCCAGUGCCAUUGCCCUUGCAGCAGCCAAAAUGGAAAAGAAAAAAGAGAGCGAUGAGCCCAAACCUCAGAAGCCGUCUGCCUUUGAGAUAGCCAUGGCUGCCAAACAAAGUUAUUCACAGACGCCAGUGGAAGGACAAAACUUGAACCGAAAUCAAAAUCAGAAUGUGGAGAGUCCUUCAUCGACACAGGUUGCGCUUCAAGAAGCCAUCGCAAAACGAAAGCAAAGACUUGAAUCAGCCAGCGAUGAUAAAUCGGGUGAUAUAGAGGAUAGGAUACGCAGGUAUAAGCAACAUGAUAGAGCGGCACGGCCCAAGACGGGGCAGGCAGCCUUCUUGGAUGCAAUUGCGAAACGACGGAGCAUCGUGGAGUCACAGAGCCCUAGUUCAGAGGAAGAAUCAUCAGGUGAGUCUAUCCCAAGCUCACCUAUGACUCGUAUCCCAACUGUGAAACCAUCAACUGCCCCAAAAACCAGUCCUGCAAGUAAUUCCAGACCUACCGGCAACCAAAUCGCGGAAGCUGCCAGUGCCAUGCAGGACAAGAUUUCCAGCCGACCACCGGUUAAACAGGACAAGAGUCUCAACAGACAUAAGAAUGUCAUCCGCGUGUCCCCGAGAAGUAAGAAUGACGACUCCACAGACAGUUCAGACGGUGAAGCCGCACCCGUCUCGGUCAAAAACUUGAAGCAGAGCUUUGAGAAAUCAAAGAAGCUCUCACCCCGUGAUUCCAAAGUGCUGUUACUGUCCCCCGUGAAAGAGGAUGAAACCUUGAUCAACGCACCCAUUCCACCUCCACCCGCCUUCGUGGAGACCGAACCACCCAUUCCUCCAGAGGGUACCACCUCUGAAAACUCUAUUCCAAAAGUCGACAGCCUGAUCGACAAGUACCAAAAAGAUUUCCAUCAAGCGGACAUAGAUAUAUUGCCUCCCCCGCCGAGUUUCAUAGAGGACGGGGAUCAAGCCAAGUAUCGUCGAGAACAACCCUUCGACACCGCCAGUGUGGUGUCAUCGGUGUCGUCGAUAUCGACAAUGUCAAGCUAUAGCACCAUGUCGACAGAUCCUAGCAGUAAUGAUGGUUUUGAGCCAAUCGGGGAGGAGUCGCAUAGUAAUAGCAAUACGUUGAGGUCAGAUGUUUCAUCGUCUGGGUCGUCAUCGUCGACGCUGACGAUGAUGUCAACGGGAGAGACAAAUGAUAAUUGGAUCAAGGCUUCGCCUCCUGUGGCUGCGAAGCCGUCUAAGAAGACCAGAGUGAAUGAUAAUGACAUCACCAAUGGAGUUGCAAAUGGCAAUGAUAACGAUACCCAAACUCGAGCCAAGAGUGUAUCGGAAUGGAGCGUAGAAGAAGUUGGUAACUGGCUUGAGCAGCUAAAUCUUGCCGAAUACAAGGAUAGCUUCUCGGACAAUGCAAUCAGCGGGGAUCAUUUGACCUCCCUCGGCAAGGAUGACCUCUCUGAGCUCGGGGUCAAGAGGUUAGGUCAUCGGUUGACCAUCAUCAAAGCUCUACAAAAACUUCAAAAUCAGUGAAUGGGUUUUUGUUUUAUUUGUUAUUAUUUCAUGGGUGGAUCGACUUGGUUGACCCUAGCACUUGUAAAGGCCACCGCACACCUUACGAUUGGUCGGCGACCCGAUUUUGGAAUUAAACAGGAGUAAAGUAUGAUGCGAAUAUCAAGACAUGGAACUUCUUACUGUGCAAUGUUUUAAUUCAUCGUACGAAUACUUAUGUUCAAACUUGUGACUAUGCUACCAUCAAAAUAAAAGCAAAUUGAAUAUCCAGUUGUAAUGACGUCUUAGCAACCGUACGAUUGGCUGCAACUCAAAAUUAAAGGCUCACAAUCUUCCUAGAACUGUUAAAUUAGUAUUCCUAUAAUUAAUGUUAACUUGAAAUAGUAAGAUGCAUUUCAUUCACCUUUUUAAAAUAUAAGGAAAAUAUGAUUUGUUAAGACUGGAUCGUGGACCAAUCGUGAGAAGUGCGGAUCCACAUGGUCUUUCAAUAAAACAUUUAACCGGGCAUGUUUUGAAGGUUCAAUUACAUUCGCUCCGGCGACAAUUGCUCCGAUGGACAAUCUGCACGUUAGGACAAACAUAAAAUCUAACCUCCAAAACUAAAUAAACCCUAAUCCUUAUCUUCACAUUAGUCUGAACCAAACAUUCUAUUACAAUCCUAUCUCUAACCCUAUGCCCUCGGAGAUAUUAAGACCGGAGCAAUUGUCGCAGAAGCAAAUGUUGUGUCACUGUUUUGAGUCCUGAUAAUUCAAGCACAUAUGCAUUUUUCUCUUGUGAACUAGAAAAAAAGUAAAUAAAAAGAAAGAUGACAUGAAACAUUUUACAAAUCAUUUCAGGAUAUUCCAUCUUAAGAUAUAUUUAUAUGUUGCCACAAUAACACUGGAAGGAGCACCCCCGUACGGUACCGGUAUGUAUUAGUCCCAAAUACUUGUUUUGUAUUAAUGGUCAUUAGUAGAUAAAAACGGGUAAUUCUUUGUUUUUAUUGAAAUCUCACAUACUUCAUAAGGGUUAUGAUGAUGAUGAUGCACAGCAUUUGUAUAGCGCCAUAUAUUGGUCAAAGGCGCUUUUUGGAGGGUUAGUGUCAACUGCUGUUCACGCACGCACACACACACACACACACACAACUAUUCAACUAGUCUUCCCCUUUAACAAAUUUUGUAAACUUCCUCAAUAGAUGUUUACACCCUUUAUUGUGCUAAUUAUUGUAAUUGAUUAAGUAAUUGAUUAAUUAAAUGCACAACUAUGGAAGGAAGAAAAGGGUGUAAUUUAGGUCAUAACACUAACAUGUGAUUUAGUAUUCCACUCUGUGAUCAUAAUUAAAACAUGUACCAAUAUUGGGACCAAACUUAAACAAUUUAAUCUGAAAUUGGGUGUACAUUCUGCAGCGGCUAUUGUAUCUUUUAAGCUGUCAGAAAAUGAUGUAAUUAUUAUAUUAGAUAACAACUCUUUUCUUCAAUUUUAUCUGAAGAUAAUAUUGUAAUUCUUAUCGUGACUUGCCUUGCCUGUCCAUGAUCCAUGCAGUGACUUUGUCUUUGUAUGGGGAGAUGGGUGCUUUAUUCAAGUGACACAUAUUUCACAUGAAUGUUAGAUUUUAAUUAAUUUUGCAUGAUGCCUUAUAUGGAGAAAAAAAAUCAGAUUAUGGCAUUUUUUGUGCCAUAAAAGAUGGGUAGAUUUAAUAAAAAAGUUCUGAUAGUAAUGAUAUUUACCAUGAUUGUUUUUUGUAAUGAAUAGACCGAUGCGCUGAGAUAAUAUUAUCUCUGAUUAAAAACACAUUUUCAAAAAUCACCUUGCUUUAAUGUUUGUCAAAAAAAAUAGGGUAAUACAUGUAAUUCCUCUUUUUAAGAAGUUACUGCAUAUCAGCUCAUUUUGGGUUAUGAAAGUCAUUGCAAUUGAUUUAGUUUGUUGGAUAUGUCCCAACCAAGCUUAUAUUAUGAUAAAUGGUGUUGUUGUUCAGGGAUAUUCCGUUUAAACCUCAAAUUGUUAAACAUACAUGCAGCUUCGGGUAAUCCCAUUAAAAAGUAACAAUAUAUUACCAACUUACCAAUUUUCUUUACGUUACUUCUCUUGAUAUAUUUUUGAUGGAUAUGUUAAUGGGUCUUCCAGGUUUACAGAGCUUUUAUUCAGUUACACAGGAAUGUAUUAAAUAUAUAACACCAAAGAAUCGUCUAUGGGCAUUUCCAUAAAAUAAUCAACCUAUUUGUACGUCCGACCCCCAUUUUUCUAAAGUAUUACUUCACUUCAUAAACUGACCAAGUCAUGGUCGUUAGAGAGCAUUACAGACUGUCAAAAGAACCAAAAAUCAGAGACAGAAAAUUUCAUGAAGGUUCUACAUGUAGGGGGUCGGACGUACAUGUUUUAUGGAAUUGCCCCUAUUUAAAGAUGGGAGAUUAAUAGUCUUACAUUAAAAAUCAGAAGAAUAAAAAGCUUCAAUUAUCUUUGUUAAGAAUGCAGAUCUAAGAUUACAAGAACACAAAUGUAUUCCCUUGUAUUAAAGUAUAGUAAUAUGUAGUGUGCCAUUAAAUAGACAACUACAUAAUUGGUUCCUCAUAAAUGCUAUAUAAUAUUAUUAGUAAUAUUUUUUCUGCCAGUUAUCUGCUCAUGCAAAAUGGAACAACUUAUCUCUUUUAAAUGGCAGUAAGUUUUCACACACAAAAAAUUGCUUCUUUACGAUUUUAUAUUUGCUCAAAAUUUUGAUCAGGUUAUGCCCACGCGAUGCUCUUUGCUGUAUUAAUCAGUAUUAAAUAUAAUUUGCAUGUUACCUCUUAAACCAUGAAUUAUAGUCAAACUAAAGUCCUGAUGAAACAUCGCACCCCCCCCCCCCCCCAUUAAAUCAGUUUUAAAAUCAAACAGAUUUGCCCUCUAAUUUAUUUUGAAUGCCGCACAAAAUGCAUGCAGGAUGGUAUUACCUUAGAAUUAUGACCCAUAAUAUACAUGUAAGUCUGGAUUUUGAAUAAAUCUAUCAAAAUUGAAUUCAUGCUAACUCUGAGAGAAUUUAAUAGAUAUUUGAAGUAAAAUGCCUUCAGACUAACAUAGUCAGUGGUACAGCAAAGCUCUAUGCCCCCAAACCUGAAGAAAAAAAUACUCAUUAUAAAACUUUUCCAUUUAUCCUAGUUAUUUGUAUAGAUAUAAGGUGCAAUUUCAGCAAUUUGUUCUUAUAUCACCUAAAUCUUUUGUACCAGCAGUUUAAUACCAGGAAUCUGUGUUAGUAUUCAUUCAAUGGGCUCAUUCCUAUAAGCCAGAUUCUGCGCAUGAUCAGAGGAAGGUCAUUUGUACUAAAGUGACAUGGUGGUUUAAAAUUGAAUGAGAUAAGCACCAAAUUCGAUGUCUUGAUUAUUCAUAUAUUCUUUUGAAUUAUGUUUUUCAUUCACAUCCACAAAAAAUGCGUCCACGAAUGACUGGUAUAUUUCACAGUUUGCCAAGUACAUUGUACAACAUCCUCUAGUAUGCAUUCGAAGUAGAAAUGCAACAAAUAACUUCAUAGAGUGUUCAUUGAUGUGCUAUUCUAGUCACCUGGUCUAUUCAUUUUCUUCAUCCCACUAUGUAAGGCAUGCUUACGUAAUAUCUUGCUUUGAAAUCUACCUAUCUUAAUGAAAGAAAUGAAAGGUCAUUUGACCAAAAUUGUCCCAGAAGUAACUACGAACUGGUCUAUUAUUGACUACACAAGAAACAAAAAGAAAUUGCAACAUGCAUUCCCUUCCCAUUCCCCUUAUACAUGUAUGUUGAGUCAUGUUAAAAAGAAAAAUCAGAAAUAUAGGAGGAAUUUACUUACAAGCAUUUACAUGCAAGAAAUGUCUGUAUCUAUUUCUAUAAGCCCAUUUUAUCUAUAAAAAAACUAUACUAACAAAUUGUUAUGUAUGAUCAUGUAUGUAAAAUAUCUUCCCAUCGUCCCAAUAUAUAUUGAAGUAUUUUUUUUCUUCAAAUAUUACCUUUUGAAGUUGGAGUUGUGUAUUGUUGCUUGACAUGAUUGCUUCCUUACCUAUGUGUUGUUUCUAUUUCAUGUGUUAUUCCAUUAUUCUUUUUAAUAUAUAUCAUUUGAAUUUGCUUGCUUGAAUUCCAUACAUUUCUACAUUGUAUUUAUGCUACAGGAAAUAUUUAUUGGUUAUUGUGGGAUGUCAAGCUCAGAAUGAUCAGAUCAGACCUUUAGAUGUUAUUGCAUGAUUUUAAAAACAAUUUAUCUCAGAACAUGCAGAACUUUAUGUAAAUAUUGUUGAAUUACCACAGAAAUACUUUACAAAUAAAUGAAUAGUUUUGUGCAAAUUUAAUGAGAAAAAGCGGUUAUAUAAUUGCUUAUAAAAAUGUGUGUACUUGAAAAAGUGCUAAUAGAAGAGAAAAUAUUACAGAAAUUUUGUUUUGAUUACUUUGUAAUUAAUUAAAUUUCAAAAGAUUAAAGUUUUGACGAUAUAAACAUGAGCAGGCUUCUCUUGUGUAUAAGAUAUUGAAGAUAUAUGUAUUUAUGUAUCGUUAAUUCAUUUUUUUGUAAUUCCAGAUGUUUAUAUUUACCUUGCCUCUUACGUUUUGUUCAAUUUUGACUACGUUGUGACUAUAUGAAAACGGAAUAUCAGAAAGUAUUUACAAAGAUUCACAUGUACCUCUUCCUUUUAAGUUAUGGUUUUGUUUUAUAGGAUGUAGUGAUCAUGUAUUGCAUACUGAUUGCAUUCUGUGAAGAAAGGCGACAAGGAGAUAUGGAAAAAAAGUUUAUUCUUAUAGUCAGAAAAAUUAAAUUUGGAAAAGAUGCAAGAUUGA